AUGGUCCUUGGCGCCUGGCUCCGGGGCCGUGAGGCAUUCAUGCGAUUGCUGAUGUGGCAAAAUCGGAAAGCGGUGGCGGUGAACGCGGCGAUCAUUGUCUUUUUGAGUGUCUACACGCUGGUUGGAGGGCUGGUUUUCUUGCAUUUCGAAGCCGGAUAUGAGGAUUUCUUGAAGCAAAACGAGACAAAUGCGAAAGCCCGAUGCAUAAAGGACAUCCUAUUACGAUAUCGACAUCAAGUCCGCGUGCUCCGAGAGGCCGACUUUGCGUAUGAGAUUGCUCAACGAUGCCUAAUGGAGAUCGGAAGCGAUACCCGCCAUGAGUGGUCCUACAAAACCGCUGCUCUCUACGGUUUUGGCAUUUUGACAACACUAGGGUACGGGAAAAUCGAGCCGCGCACAACAAACGGCCGUAUUUUUGCGGUCAUCUACGGCUUUUUGGGGAUCCCGAUCACGGUGAUAUUGCUCACGAAUAUCGGACGAUAUUUGGAGAGCCUAGCGAUGAAGAUCAGGAACAUUUGUAGCCGGAACAAAAGGGACAUUUCUUGUAACGAUUCGAUCACCACCUCAACUCUCUUCGUUAUCGUUGUCAUCUAUUUGACAAUCGGAGCCGUUUGCAUCCCGCUACUCAACGGGGAAUUCGAUUUUUUCAAUGGCAUUUAUUUUGCCUUCAUUUGCCUCACAGCGAUCGAAUACGGGGAUCUUGUGCCGAAAAACAACUACUACGUGCCGAUUGUGCUCGUCUACGUCUGCAUCGGGUUGGCCAUCUCGACGAUUGCUUUGGAUAUCGGUUCGAUGUACGUCCGCAAGUUGCACUACAUUGGACAAAAGCUCAAGAACAUCGCCAAUAUCAAGAUCUGGUUUGGCGCGAAAGACCUCCGAAUCUCGGAAUUCGUCUCAGCAGUCGGCGCAAAUAUCGGCAUUGAGGAGUCGAUUCUUUCCGAUAUCGAUUUAGAGAAUUUGGUCAAGUUAGCCAUUCAAGUGAAAGAGGGUCGACUCUCUCGGGUCCCACAAACGCAUAUGAUUGUUGAAGGCAUUUGGCCACCAGCUCUCGUACCACUUUUCAUCAAAGAUGGCCAAUUCCCGACUUUCGUUGAUGAGAAUGAUUACGAGUACGACUAUCGGUACAACAAGAAGAAGAAGAGCGUCGUGCGUUUUGAGGACGAAGUGUUGUCGACGAGUUCGAUCACCGAACCGUCUUCCCGACAAAUUUCCAGACUUUCCCCGCCGCCCACCACCGAUUCUGAUCGAGCACUCCGCACAGCGGCUCCAGUUAGCUACUCGACCUCGCAAAUCACCACGAACUCGUGGUCAUUGCAAACGGAUCAACGUCGAUUCUCUAGAUCAUCGCAAAUCUCAAGAGAUUCCCUCCGUUCCUCCCUUCGAUCGAAUUCUCGUCGUACUGCUCCCUCACCAUCACAUUGGAUUGAUUCAACGGAAGGAACAAUGGCUGGAUUAGAGAGUGGAGAACAACACUUGCACGAAUCGACAUCUUUUGACACCUCAUGUGCUUCAGAUUUCCCGGGAACAUCGCCCAGUCAUGCCUCUUUGGAGGACCCGUCGCCAAAGAAAAAAGUCAAAAAACCCCGAAAGGGCUUCUUCAAGGGACGCCCAUUGCUACUUUGGCACAAAAAGAAAAACGUCACUUACAGGGAACCCACUGCACAACCUGGUGACGAUCCGGACACCCAAGAGUCUCUGAUCUCAAGGAGCCAAACGAGUUUACACAGCUUGCACACGAGGAGCUCCCCUGGAUCGGUGAGUGAACUG